CUAUGAAUGUAAGGAAUGUGGAAAGGCUUUUUAUUGGUCGCCAUCAACUUACUGUACAUCAAAAGGUUCAUACUGAUGAGAAACCCUACGAAUGUAAGGAAUGUGGAAGGACUUUUAAAGUACAUGUACAUCUUAACACAACAUCAGAAAACUCAUGUUGAUGUGAAACCCUAUAAAUGUAAGGAAUGUGGAAAAACUUUUGGUCGUGCUUUAUACCUUGUACAACAUGGAAGAAUUCAUACUGGUGACAAACCCUAUGAGUGUAAGGAGUGUGGGAAGGCCUUUAGUUCUGGCUCUUACCUAGUUCAGCAUCUGAGAAUUCAUACUGGUGAGAAGCAUUAUGAAUGUAAGGAAUGUGGAAAAGCCUUUACUGUCUAUGGACAGCUUAUUGGACAUCUGAGUUCAUACUGGCGAGAAACCCUCUAGGAAUGUGG